AUGGUGAAUCGAAGAGGCCUUCCUGUGGAAGUACUAUCUGACAAUGGCAGUAACUUUAUUGGUGGAGAAAGAGAGCUACGCGAACUUGUAGAACAKUUAGAUGAGGAAAAGAUAAAGAAAUCAGCAGCAAACAAGGGGAUUUGUUGGCAUUUCAACCCACCAUUGGUGCAUCACUUUGGAGGAGUCCACGAGACCUUGAUAAAGACAGCAAAAAGAGCAACCUAUGGGAUAUUAUCGAAUGCGGAUAUUACAGAUGAGGAGCUCAUGACAGCCUUCACAGGAGCAGAAUCACUUAUGAACAGUAGGCCAUUGACAUACCAAUCAGGACAUCCUUCAGACGGAUAUUAG